AUGAACGCCCCUCGUAAGCGGCAAAAGGUCGCGUCGGCCUGUGAGCGCUGUCGGAAGCGCAAGCUCGGGUGUGAUCGGGAGCGUCCAUGCCAGCUCUGCGUGCGCGCUGGUGCAGAGUGUGUUUCCAGGGACCCGGCUUCUCAGAAUCCAGCCCCGUCAUCCUCUAAGCGCGCAGCAACAGACACCGAGCACGCGCCGCCUAGUACCGGGUUCGGCAACAAUGCCGGGGCUCGGAGCUCGGGUGGUGAUCUGCUGCUGCCAGAGUCUAGUAUCGUUGACUUGACUGCUCUGGUUUUGUCAAAAAUGAGCCUCGAUUCCUCGCCGAGUCAGGAUACUUCUGCUUUGCCAGGAGGAAACAAAAUUCUCGACUGGCAACCGCCCAGGCGCCGACACUGGCGACAGAUUGUUGGCCUUCAGCUUCCCAACGAUGCUACCCUGAGCCAGUUUGUCGACAAGUUUUUUGUCUCUGUCGAUUGGUUCAUGAUGCUGCUCGAAGAGUCUUUAUUUCGAGAAAGAUAUUCACUACUCCUCGAGUCGAGUCAUGUCGUCCACCAUGAGGAAAACUACUUGUGGCUCACCAUGAUCGUCGUUGCACUAGGUGCUCAUUACUCUUCCUUGUCUGAAGCCCCCGGGCAGUCUCAGGCAGACCUCAAGAAGCUAGCUACAGACAUCAUGGGGCAAAUAGAGGCCAAGUUCCUCGAACUCAUGGGCUGUGCGACACUCGAAGCAGUUCAAAUAUCGGUCCUGCUUGGAAGCUUUCUGCUUUUCAAUGGCCGGCCCAACAUCGGUCUGGCGAUAUCAGCUGCUGGCGUCAAAAUUGCGCAGGUCAUUAAUCUCCACCGCGAGAGCCUCUGGCGAGACUGCUCAGCGGUCGAAAGAGAGGCAAGACGCCGGACAUGGUGGACUCUCGAGGUCUUUGACAAGUAUUUUGCCAUUGCCUUUGGGCGGCCCUGUAUUGUGGAUGAUACAGACUGCAACGUGGGCAUGAUCUCUCAGGUUGGACCUGCUCACAGCAAUACCAGCGUCGACGGAAAUCUGCCAUUUCACAAUUGCAAGUUUCGUUUAUAUCGAAUCAUGGGACAAUUCCUAGGGCGUCGCCGACAGAUGGACCAAAAGAGCACCGUCCAGUCCAUCCAUGAAGAAUUGACGCAUUGGAGAAACCAGCUACCAAGCCGGCUACGGAUCGAGUCGUACAGAGACAUGCCGCCAGGCCAGGAGCUUCCAAUACCCCAGAUGCAGGCCAUUGCACUACAACUCACGUAUGACAAUCUGCAAAUUGUCCUGCACCGCACAGUUGCAUUCGGUCAGGGUAGCAAGGUACAAAACACGCCCGAGGGAUUGUUCUCGCUGCGCCAUCUGAUGAAAGCGGCACUGCGAACAUCGGAUUUACAUGCUUUCCCCAAUUCACUACACGCGAUGCGACGGACACAUGCUAGCAUGCACAUUGGCAUCACGCUUUUCACCGCGGGCAUAGUGCUGUGUAUUGCGGCCUUGUCGCAGCCUCUGUCGGACACGAGCCAAAAGGCUAAAAGCGGCGUGAUGCAUAUUAUCCGAGCCUGCAAGGACUCAGCGGACCCCCAGAAUGUUGGCUCCAGACAGAGCAUUGCUGUUCUUGAGCGUCUUGUUACUGUGGUGCUGCAGCACGAGAACCAGCUCAUCACUGGUAGCGCAGCUGUCGCGGACCCCAGCAAUACUGGCGCAACACAGACUGCUCCUGUAGUUGGCCAAAGCAUGUCCGAAAUUGAGUCUGCACCAACAAAUCUCACACAGUCUCAUCAGGGCGUUGGUGCUUCUCAAAACGAAUUCGGCCUGGACAUUGCAACGACAAUGCCCGGAGCGGAGCCGACUGAGGGUGCCACCCUCGACGGACUAGACUGGGAUGGCAGUCUAUCAGUAUUGAUGGAUUCUGGCUUGGCUGAUGCCAGCCAAAUGUGGCUCUGGCAGGGAGAGGAAGAAUUUUCGUUUCCUCCAUAA